CGGUUUGGGUGCCAUGUGACCAAAUUGGAGUCUUAUGAUGCGAGACUUCCUGUUGUAGUCGGAUAAUACAGAGACACCGUGUUCAUUACAAACAUAUCACUGCACCACACAGAAUGCAUUUGCCGAUUGAAGUUCCCACCUGCAGGUGAUCUUCUCCACCUAAUCAGCUUCCUCCCUCCAUCGCCAUGCCCACUGAACAGCAGACCACUUCUCUACCCCAACCCAGCCCAGAGUGCUUUUCCUGGGACUAUCGCCUUCAGCUCAUCAGCCUUGGCUUUGGGUUCUACACGGCUGUAUUUCUCCUCUCCCAUCUCCUGUCACUAGCUCUGUGCUGCACUUACAAUGCUCUCGCAGCCAAAGAGAAGGUCUUCUGGAACCUGGCAGCCACUCGGGCAGCGUUUGGCAUUCAGAGCUCUGUGGCAGGACUCCGGGCUCUGACUGAGGAGUCCGCGUUAAGCAAAGACAAAGUGAUUGGCCAGGAAGACUGGUCAUGGUUUCAUGUCCUCACAGCUACCGGCUUUUUUGUGUUUGAGAAUGUGGCACUACAUUCAUCUAGUGUCGUGUUCCGGUCAUUCGACUUGCCCUUGGCCACUCACCAUUUCUUCGCCCUGUCAGGAUUUGCAGGUGCUGUGGUGUUUGAUUCUCAAGGACACUUCCUGGCAAUGGUUACUCUCCUCCUGGAGAUGAGUACACCUUUUACCUGCAUCUCCUGGAUGCUGCUGAAGGCUGGCUGGGCUCGCACUCUGUUCUGGAGAGCCAACCAGUGGGUGAUGAUCCACAUGUUCCACUGCCGAAUGGUGCUCACUUAUUACAUGUGGUGGGUGACUCUGACCCACUGGGAGGGGAUCAACACCCACGUGGCGCUGCCCCAAAGGCUGAUCUUCUUCUCUGGACUCGCUCUGCUCACAUUUAUCAUCAACCCCAUCUGGACGCACAAGAAGACCAUGCAGCUGCUAAAUCCUGUGGACUGGAACUUUGGGAACAAGCUGGCACCGGUUAAUGACAUUACAGAGAAUCAGUCUGGGGUUUCUAGGAAACCCCAUAAAAACUGAAAAGCAUUUACAAGAUCCCAAUCUGUCGAAUUUACACUGCUUUUGUAUUCCACUUCUCAUAAUUUAUGUUUUAGAUUAACGCUUUUAAGAGCAUGAAAAGCAGUUUGGUUAUAUGGUCUCGUGAUUUAAUCAUGCUGUGUGUCGCAGCAGUCUUCCAUCAUGUUGUUUUCCAUAGAUUUGUUUCAGUUUACUUUUUUUUUUUACCUUGUUUUGGGUAGAAAAGGGUGUAUUUUUAAAUCAGUUUUGUAAAAGAUAUCCAAUACUCUCUGGGGAAAAAUACAAACAAGCUGUUUCCUCAAGCUCUGCACCUGUCACACACACACAGCAGAGUUUUUGUUUAAUUUGAGGAAACUGACUUAUUUGUUGGAUCCAUUAAAAUCUAAAUGGACAAAUUAGUUUGCAGUUAGUCUCGGAGUGCAAGUCUUCCCACGUCAGUGCAGCAGAGAUCUGUCAGUGCACACAAAAAGCUUUUCUUCUUUAUCAAUGGAAGAAAGCACUGGAAUUGUUGCCUUCACAAAGGCCUUACUGUCUGAAAUGGAGAUGCAGUGUGACAAAAGUGAAACAGCGAUGACAACAGAACAAGAAAGUUAUAUUGAAACCAAGUUGUAUUUUUUUUUUAAAAUACUAAGAAAUAUACUUUAAGCUGCAGAAGACGGGUAUAUCCAAAACUAACAUUAUUGCAUAUUUGCUUAGACUUGCUGCAUUGUUUGCAUUAUGUUACCUCUGGCUAGGGGACAUUUUUAAUCUGUGCUACAAACAUUUAUGGGUUUUUUUUGUUUGUUUUUUUUUUAUGUAAAAAUUAAGACUUGAUCUGAAAAUGUCCUCAAAAUGCCAGAUCAACAUUUAUAGGGGCAGUAUUACAUUAUUUUUCCCCAGUUCUACAUGCUAUAAUGUCAUUCCCUCAUCAAAAAUAUACCUGGAAUGUUGCUUUAAUUCUUCACUCGCUUGCAAAAUCCUUUAAUUUCCCAUGGCAACCAUUUGGGUGUAAAAAACGCUUUGUCUCACCAAGUGCUGCCUUUUCCACACAACUUCUCCUCCUCCACAGAACUCUUCUCUCCUGUGACUUCCCCACUCAGUUCCUUCAGACUAGCAGCAGCAGCAAUUAGCAAAGACCUGGUGAAACCAUGCAUCUGCCGAGGUCUAUGUAUGAAGCAUUUGACAGUGCAGUGCUCCUAAGAAUUAUGUUGUCAUGACUCGCUGAAGUUGGAGCGUCGGAAAGAGCAGGAGCUUCUUAAAGAGAUAGAAGCCCAAUUUCAAGACAUUAAAUUGUAAAGUCAAAUUACUUUUA